GGCCCACCUGCCCCGGGAUGGCCCCCCAUCUGUGGCUGUCUCCGUCCAGUGCCCCUGAGGCGCCCAGCUGCCCGGGUCCCCUGAAGCCGCGCCAUGAACGACCGAGCCGGCCGCAGGAGGACAAUGAAGAAGGACGACGAGGGCCUGGAGCUCCCCAUCCCCUUCGACGAGGAGCCCCGCCUGGACCCCCAGAGCCCGCAGAGCCCGCGCCGCCGGCCGUGGCCCUGAUGACCGGCGUGAGGGCGCAGCUGCACAUGGCGCUGGAGCGCAACUCCUGGCUGCAGAAGCGCAUUGAGGACCUGGAGGAGGAGCGGGACUUCCUGCGCUGCCAGCUGGACAAGUUCAUCUCCUCCGCGCGCUUGGAUGCGGAGGACCACUGCCGGGUGAAGCUUGGGCCCCGCCGGGUCGAGGGGGACAGCCGGGGUGGCCCUGGGGCCGAGGCCUCAGACCCGGAGUCUGCAGCGUCCUCGCUCAGCGGAGCAUCUGAGGAAGGCAGCAACAGCGAGAGGAAGAGGCAGAGGCAGAAGGGGGGCGCUGGCAGGCGGCGUUUUGGGAAGCCCAAGGCCCGGGAGAGGCAGCGGGUGAAGGACGCGGACGGCGUCCUCUGCCGCUACAAGAAGAUCCUGGGCACCUUCCAGAAGCUCAAGAGCAUGUCGCGGGCCUUCGAGCACCACCGCGUGGACCGCAACACGGUGGCGCUGACCACGCCCAUCGCCGAGCUGCUCAUCGUGGCCCCCGAGAAGCUGGCGGAGGUGGGCGAGUUCGACCCGUCCAAGGAGCGCCUGCUGGAGUACUCGCGCCGCUGCUUCCUGGCGCUGGACGACGAGACGCUCAAGAAGGUGCAGGCGCUCAAGAAGAGCAAGCUGCUGCUGCCCAUCACCUACCGCUUCAAGCGGUGAGCGCGCCGCGCGCGGAGAACUAUUCAGAGUUUAAUUAAAGAGACGGUGAAUUUGGA